AUCCGACUGGCUGAUAGCACACCUAUUGAGAAAUCCUCAUUUGGCUCUCUCCUCUAUGCUUUGAAAAUAAUCUCUAAUCAAUGAAACUUUAAUUUUGAGUCCAACUAUGAAGACAAACUGCAUCAGAUAAAUGAUAAUCACCUUUUUAUGUUCAUGACUACAUUCAUGACAACAAUGAUCCCAGCUGACCAGCUGCUUGUGUUGGGUCAUAAGGGAUUAUAAAUUUAUUUUGCAAAAACUGAAUCAAACUUAAGUGUACUCGACAUAAUACAUUUUCAAAUACUGAAAUGAGAAUCUACCUUCCUCAGUCCCUGCAGCCAGCUCCCCACCUCUGCACGAUAACCUCAGUUCAUGCACGGAUAUCUAUAUAACAGCACGUCUUCCUGUUCCUCUCACUACUGACAGACUACUACAGCCAGACCAACGAGGUGUCGAACACCAAGGAGGAGGAGGUGCGGUAUGAACUCAACCAGUCGUCUGGACAGCUUGAGUGACGCUUUCUCAAAAAACUUCAUCACCUUUGCUCUCGGCCUAAUCAUCAACUGCAUCAAUGGAGCUUUUGUCUACACCUACUUUAAGAGCCAGGUCUUCCAGAGAGACCCCAGGUAUGUGCUCUACAUCCAUUUGGUGAUCAACGAUAUGAUUAUGCUGACAGUUUCUGUGGCGCUGCAAAUCAUGACCUACACCAUUCCCCUGAGCUUUGCUCCCUGCUGCAUCAUGCUGCUCGUCUUAGUCACUACCAACAAGAACAGCCCUCUGAACCUGGCUGGCAUGGCAGUCGAGCGUUAUAUUGCUGUGUGUCGACCUCUUCAUCACGUCCAGCUCUGCACUGUGCAGCGAGCCUACGCUCUCAUUGCACUGAUCUGGGGCGUCUCCUUCAUCCCCGCCCUCUCGGACGUCAUCAUCACCCUCGCCACUCAGCCCCUCUCUGUCUUCUCAAGGAGCAUCCUCUGUUACACUUCCACCGUGUACAACACCCCGUACCACAAGGCACAAAGUACAGUUGUCCAGGUCCUUCUGUUUACCUUCGUCUUCCUGACUUUGGUCAUCACCUACCUGAAGGUCCUCUGCGCUGCCCGGGCAGUUUCUGGUUCUAAUCAGGCCUCGGCCAGAAACGCCCGCAACACUAUCCUGCUGCACGGGGUCCAGCUUCUCAUCUGCAUGCUGUCAUUCAUCUCUCCCUUCAUCAACCUCAUUUUAGUCACCACUUGGCCCCGUGAACGCACCAAGAUCCUCUUCACCAGCUUCCUGUUUACCAAUGUGCUUCCACGUCUGCUCAGCCCGCUCAUCUACGGCGUCAGAGACAAGAAGUUCAGCAGCCACUUCAAGCUGCACUUCUGCUGUAAAUGCUGCAAUGCUGUGGAAAAGAGGGCGAGCAUGGCGGUAGGAAGCCACAGAAGGUCCAAACAGGUGUAACACUGAAUGGCUUAAAAAUACUAUAUUUAGCAUGAUUUUUAAAAGGCCUAAAACCUGCAAAACAGACUACUUGCCCUGAUGCCUUGAGGCCCAGUUAUUACUUUUAAGAAACUUUUAAGGACAAAAGCUACAUUUGGGUCUCAAAGAAUGUAUAAAAGUUACAAUCCAUAAUAGUAAUUGUACAUUUUUAUGAACUGCUGGCUUACAUUGUACUGUAGUACUGUAGUACAAUGUAAGCCAGCUUUGGCAAAAUGCUCCAAAAUACUGUGUGACUGUUUACAGUCAGUGUCCCAAAGGGCAGCUCCCAGGAUGCAUGAAUAAAGAAAAGAAAUCUAAAAAAUUCA